ACCAAAACAGCCUAUUACAAAAAAUAAAUAAAACUACUAUUAAAGAAAUAAUUUAAUUUCAAAUAAAUACACCAGCAAAGCAAGCCUCCAUCCAUCCAUCCAUCUACCACCCACCUGCAUGGCGCACGCUAACCCCCUCCUCCUCAUCCUCCUGCUAACGUACGCCAUCUCCGCACUCUCCCUCCCUCCCUGCCCACCCUGCGGCGGCGCGGCCGUCCCCUACCCCCUCAGCACCGCCUCCACCUGCGGCGACCCUUCUUACAAGAUCCGCUGCUCCGGCGGCGCCCUCUUCUUCGACUCCUCCAACAACACCUACCCGAUCACCUCCAUCUCCCCCUCCUCCCAGCGCCUGGUGGUGGCGCCGUCGUCUCUCCUCCCCGGCACCUGCCUCGCCGGCGACCUCCCCACCAACGGCCUCCAGCUCGACCCCUCCGCCCCCUUCAACAUCACCAGCAGCAACACCAUCUUCUACCUCAACUGCUCCGCCUCCAUCCUCAACUCCCCUCUCGACUGCACCGCCACCAGCCCCUGCCACGUCUACUCCAACGCCUCCGCCUCCGCCGCCACCGCCUGCGCCGACCUCCCCUGCUGCGCCUUCCGCGCCGGCGGCUCCACCACCUCUUACCGCAUACGUGUCCGCCAGGACGGCUGCCGCGCCUACCGGAGCUUCGUCAACCUUGACCCCUCUCUGCCCGUCUCCGCCUGGCCGCAGCCCGGCGUCGAGCUGCUAUGGAUCCCGCCGGCGGAGCCCAUUUGCGCCGCUCAGGCGGAUUGCGGGUCCGGAUCCUCCUGCAAACCCGAACCGAAUUCGAACCGCGGCGUCAGCCGGUGCUUCUGUAGCUCCGGAUUGAAAUGGGAUCCCAUCAGAGGGGUCUGUGCGAAAGAGUGUCAAGAUCCAGAUGGGUGUGGCAAAGAUCGAACUCCGCUCAUUGCAGGUUUAACCGCAGGGCUUGGUGUAGCCGUGUUAGCAUCCUUAAUAGCAGUAUUGGUGUACAAGCGGCACCGGCGCAUGAAAGAGGAGCAGGACCGCCUGACCCGGGAGCGCGAAGAAAUCCUCAACGCCGGCGGCGGCAAGUCCGCCAAGAACUUCACCGGAAAGGAAAUCAAGAAGGCCACCAACAACUUCGCCAAGGACCGCCUCCUCGGCUCCGGCGGCUACGGAGAAGUCUACAAAGGCAUCCUCGACGACGGCACUCCGGUGGCCGUCAAAUGCGCGAAGGUCGGCAACACGAAAGGCACCGAUCAGGUCCUGAACGAGGUCCGGAUCCUCUGCCAGGUGAACCACCGCAGCCUCGUCGGCCUCCUCGGCUGCUGCGUCGACUUGGCGCAGCCGUUGCUCGUCUACGAGUACGUUCCCAACGGCACGCUUCUCGACCGCCUGCAGGGCGCGAACCGCGCGUCGCUGCCAUGGAAGCGCCGCCUCGAGAUCGCGCACGAGACGGCCGAGGGGUUGGCGUACCUGCAUUUCUCGGCGGUGCCACCUAUCUACCACCGCGACGUGAAAUCGAGUAACAUUUUGUUGGAUGAGAAGUUGCACGGGAAGGUCUCGGAUUUCGGCCUCUCCCGGUUGGCUCACACCGACAUGAGCCACAUUUCAACGUGCGCUCAAGGCACGCUCGGGUACUUGGACCCCGAGUACUACCGGAACUAUCAGCUGACGGACAAGAGCGACGUGUACAGCUUCGGGGUGGUUCUUCUCGAGCUACUGACAGGGCAGAAGGCGAUCGACUUCAACCGGGCGGCAGAUGAUGUGAACCUUGCGGUUUACGUGCAGCGGCUGGUCGGGGAGGAGAGGGUGAUGGAGGCGGUGGAUCCGGUGCUGAAGGAGGGGGCGAGCGCGCUGGAGAUGGAGACCAUGAAAGCCUUGGGGUUCCUGGCAGUGGGUUGUCUGGAGGAGCGCCGCCAGAAUAGGCCGUCGAUGAAGGAGGUCGCGGAGGAGAUUCAGUAUAUCAUCAGCAUUGCCACCGCUCCGCCGCCGCCGCCGGCAGAUGGAUCAUCGUGAGUAGAUUUUUAGUUUUUUUUUGCUGAGAAUAAAGAUUAUAAUGUGAUCUUGCAUUUCAUGAGGUUGAUGUUUUGUAUUAUCUGCUGGUGUGUGUUUGUGUUUGGUUGGAGUUUGAUCGUAUUAUAUUAAUUGUGGAAUGUGAUAUAUACUAUGGAUAUAUAGGGCCUUUUUGUUGUUUGGAUUUUGAAAUGAGUAGUUUAGUUGUCAUGUUCUUUUUA